AUGUCUAAAUUUACAAAGGCAUUUGGGCGGCGGAAAUCGUCCGUCAACGGAUUAGAGCACAUUACCGACGAGCCGGUACCAGAGCAGCAGUCAACCUUUAAAGUGUUUGACCGGGCAGACGGCGGCAGCAAGACGUUUGGUGGAGGGGCUAAGUUUGUUAAGGCUGCCAAUGGUGCGUUUGGACGGUCAAACACUUCGCAUCUAGAGGAGGACAACAUGUUUGACCGUCUAGGCAAGAAUCGCGGCAGUGGAGCAUCUAAUACAAAUACUGCGUCUACGACAGACAAUUCGUCCCGUUUAAGCGCUGCGUCUACUGCGCCCUCAUCUACAGAUGUAUCCGGGCGCGAAGAAGGGCGUUCUCACGAUAAAAGGUACGGCGAUAUUCCUGUGCCUCCAAUACCGAAAUCAACAUCAGCAUUUUCACUCAAGAACGCCGGCCGAACAUUUUCUUUCGGACGGGUUAAGAAUUCAGAACUUCCUUCUCUGCCUCAAGACGCGAAGCCACCCACUCCUGAGGAACAGCAAUCGGGUCGAGCUAGGGCUGUGACAGCAUCGAGUUAUGCGAGCACUGCAACCCCUCCAAAGCUUGAUGAGCGAGACCUAGGGCUGAGCUUAGGGGGCGAUUUUUCAGACAUGUUUGCGGGGUUUGGAAAACGGAAGAGCCAGGUUUUGGAUGCCGUAGCCACCAAACCACUCCCGCAAAGCCCUGAAACACUGCCGUCUGAGCCUGCUUCACGAUCGUUGGCCCCCAGCCGCUCUAACCAACCGCCUCCUCUUAGCCUCGACAAGAAGAGGGACGUGGAACCAUCGCCGUACUCUUGGAGCAGCCAUAAUUCGGCUGAUGGGCUAAUAUCCAACUCUACACCCCCUCCCAUCCCACCGCAUAACUCCUCCUACAAUAAGCAGCCGCAGAGACCCGGUGGGGCUGCCGAUACAGGUCUAAGAAGAAGCAGCGGGUACUCGGGGAAGAGGCGGUCGACAAUCGACUAUGGGGACGCAAUUGACGAUGAUGCCAGGCUUCUGCGAGAGUCUCUGAGCGCAAGCCGGCGGUUAAAUGAUCCUUCCCACGGCUCGAGGGCGCGUGAUAGCUGGUUGAAUCCUUUAACAACUUCCCAACAGAAUAAUGAUUCGGUUCACUCCAAUUGGAAGGGUGGAUCCGUCGAAACCACGCCGAGGGCAAAGAAAACAGAGCCCAGAAGCGCCGAUGAUGACCUGUUUGAUAAUCACAUUGUGGAAGCCGCCUCUGCCGCCCAAAGAUACCAGGAACAGCCACUUUCCCCACCUACCCAACACGCGCCACAGAACAAGGUCAUGACUCCAGCCCAAUUCGAGCGAUAUAGGCAAGACAAGGAAAGGCUCAGGAGCCUCGGCGGGCAGUCAAAGACUGACGAUGACGAUGAUGACGAGCCAGAAACUUAUGAUGAUGAGGAGGACGAGGCCGAAAAGGCUAGAGAGGCUGCUAAACAGCGCCGGAAGCAGGAGGCGCACAUGUCUGUAUAUAGGCAGCAAAUGAUGAAGGUCACCGGCGAAACAUCGACCCCUACCGCACCUUCUCGCUCAAGCCUCUUUCCCACUCAGAGCAGCCCAAACUUGAUGACCCUUGGACAACCGGAAGACAAUGAGGAGGAAGAUGAGGAAAUCCCCUUGGCAAUUUUGCAGGCUCACGGGUUCCCAAAUAAAAACAGGCUACCGGUCCCUCGUGUUGGGUCAAACCCGAAUAUGCGAGGUUCAAUGCAAUCAGCUGCAGGCGGCGUUGUCGACCCACGACUACCAGCAUUUGCGAGGAAUUUGCCAGAGGAUCCAUAUAUCGGGGCCGGACUUGUGAACCCCUUGCAACGAGAAUCCAUGGCGUUCGGUGGUGGAGCGGGUUCGGCAUAUGGCGGGUCUUCAAGAGCUCUGCACCCAGGAGGCUUGGUCGGGGUUAUUGCCACAGAGGAGAGGUCUCGAGCUAUGCGGAGGGGUAGUCCGAAUCCUCAAGGGGAGUACGGCCCAGUGCCGCCGCAUGGUAUGGGUAUGCCACCGAAUAUGCGCCCACCUCCCGGUAGCAUGAUGAAUGGGAUGAUGCCUGGUCCAAUGAGUCCAAUGGGCCCAAUGAACCCCAUGAUGCUUACUCCAGGAGACCAAGCCCAAAUAGAGAUGUCCCAGCAGAUGGCGCAGUUCAUGCAGAUGCAAAUGCAGUUCAUGCAAAUGAUGACGUCGGGGCAAGGAGGGCAAGGACAAACGCAAAUGCAGCCAAAUGGCCAUAUGCCACAACAGCCUCUAUCCAUGCAAAGAUCCGACAGCCCUCAGCUCCGACCGUCAAGCGGCCAACAGCACCAGCGAUCGAUGACCAUGAUGGAACCCAAUUUAUCACCUUGGAUGCAACAGAUGCAGGGUGGUUCAGUGUACGCGCCUUCAAUAGCGCCGUCAGAGCGUAGCAACGUUGGGCUGCCAGGCCGCUAUAGACCAGUUUCUCACAUGCCAAUAGCAGACACCAAAUCGAGAACUUCGACAAUGUCAGGAGCUCUUCAAGGGUGGGACAACAAGCACCAAUCUGUGACAGUGAGACCAGUCAGGAAAUCCGAAACUCCAUCUGAUGAGGAUGACGAAGAAGGUUGGGAGGAGAUGGCGAAGAAACGAGAGAAGAAGAAGUCAAAAUGGAGGAUGAAGAAGGAUACUAAUGGACUGAAGGAAAUGUUAGGCUAUACGCAAUAA